AUGAGUGGAACAGAUGAAGGAAGCCAAGAUGAUUCGGAUGAUCAAUAAUGUGUCAAUUCCUCUGUGAAUAUGAGUUUGUCAGACAGACUCAAAUAAUAGGCUCUGGAUGUUCACAGGAUGUUAAAACAACUGGAAAGGGAGUUCGAAGAGGAGGAAUGCCAAACUUAUUAUAUUUUGAGCAAGAAUUGGCUCGACAAAUGGAAGCAGUAUGUUUCUUAUGAGAAUGUGGUGAGUAAUUAAAGUGUUCCCAACACUUCUGGAAAGAUGAUGCCUCAAAAUUUCAAUCAUGAUCUAAUUGAGCCAUAUGUCAAUGAAUGCUUCAAGUUUUACCCUCUCAGCACUAAUCCCUGGAAUUUGUGGCUGAAAUCCAAUCUCGACGAAGGCACACACUAUAUAGUCAUUUCGCAACAACUUUCGUCCUAUUUCAAUCAAUAUUAUCGAGGCACGAACAUCGUCAGAAAUGCCACAGGUAAGGGCAAAGACAAGAAGGUCAUCGCUAAUUUGUUGAAGUUUAAUGCAAUCCUCAUGAUUCCCAACACCGUCAAUCAAAUUGCACAAGACAACCUCACUCAAUUAGAAAAAGAGUAUUUGUAAGUCGAUGAGAAUGCCAAUCUCCAAGACUUUUACACCACCAUUCUCAAAACAGUACCCACUUUCAGAGGAAACUAUAACAGACAAAAUGGAGUUCGCAUUUGGAGAUACACCAAUGAUACCGAUCCUCACAAGGCACUCUUUGCUGAAAUCAAAAAACAAGUUGAAGACCUAGACUUCAAUGAUGACUAGAUCUUCAACUUUUCAGGGUCUCCAGUUUCAAUUUCAUCAGAACUCACUUUUAAAUCAUUGAAUUUGACUGAUAAAGAUAUUAUCAUUAUUGAAUUCCAACAAAUAAACAGACCCUGGUGCAUCAGACACCCUUUCUGUUCCAGUCGAAGGAAAGUGCGAGGGGUGUUCCAACAUAACCGUACUAACCGUUCUCUGUGUCUGCAAAAAGGUGUCCUAUUGCACAGAACAAUGCAGAAUCAACGAUGA